AUGGAAUUGAUGACCACCCUGGAUAGAAACAAAGAGCCACCAAGCUCAGCUAUAAGACGAGUACGCAAUACGUCGAGCCGGAGAACGGGCUGCAAAUUCUCGAUUUUGGCCAAGCAGUCGCUGGAUGGAAGGACAUGGGUCUUAACCCAUCGACCAAAUGGAGAAUGCGCCAGGCAUAACCAUCCGCCUAGCGAGGACCCAUCUGCCCACCCUGCACAUCGACGAUUUGGAGAAAGAGAUGCUACAACUGUUUCAAAUCUUGCGAUAUCUGGUAUUGCCCCACGAGAGAUUAGAACUUAUGUACACAAUCAUUCUGAGUCACUCGCAACUCAACGAGACAUAUACAACCAGAUCGCGGCGACUAAGAGAAAUCUUCGUGAAGGUCAAAGCAGUAUCCAAGCACUUGUUGAUCAGUUGCAUAACGAGGGGUUCUGGUGCCGUAUUCGACUAGACGAGAAUAAUCGAUUGACGGCCAUCUUCUUUGCUCAUCCGGAAUCUGUUACGAACAAACAUCAGAUGCCACUCCUUGACAUGGUGGGGGUAGAUUCCUGUCAGCGGUCCUUCUGCAUAGCAUUUGCCCUCCUUUCAAACGAAGCAGAGGAGGAUUACACAUGGGCAUUAGAGCAUCUUAGAUCCCUGUAUAGCCACGAGCUUCCUUCAGUCAUAUCGACGGACAGGUGCCUGGCGUCGAUGAAUGCUGCGAAAAUUUGGUUCCCUUCGUCCACGGCCCUGCUUUGCUUACAGCGCUGA